AUGACCACGGCCUCUAACAUCCCCAAGCUGGAUCCAGACGCGUAUCCGGAGCAACCAACAGGACUUUCAUUGGAGCAAGUGCAUGUCUACGUUCGCCACGGCGAGAGAACUCCCGUCGGGACGCGCAUGAAUAACCCUCCAGCUAACAUACCAGAGCAUUGGCCACUAUGCAGAGGCGGGAGAAAGUUUUCAGCUGGUAUACUACAGGUUACGGAGAACAAGCAGGCCUUGUAUUCUCCUGGAACCAUCGACAUUGAGCGUGUAGUCGAGUUCCGGAAUGGGAGCUCAACGUCCGGUAUAUGCAUGCUUGGUGAACUCACGGAUGUCGGACGCGGGUCGACCCACGACUUUGGAAAGGCGCUGAGGAAAAUAUACAUAGAACGGCUUGGUUUCUUGCCAGAUUCGACUCAGGACACCAGUCCUGUAUAUUACCGAUCUACAAACGUUCCACGGACUAUAGAAUCUCUGCAGCAGAUAAUCAACGGCCUAUACCCAAACGGGAAAAAUCUUCAUCGCCCUCAAUUACUCGUCCGGAACGCAAAAGACGAAAACAUUAUCCCAAAUCACUUUAGUUGCAAGCGAUUAGAGCGGCUUGCCGUCUCGUUUGCGCAAGCUGCAGCAGAGAAGCUCAACCCAACUCUAAAGCCAUUGGACAAGCGAUUAUCAAAAUACUUGGACGGCGAGCCCGAGUUUGCAGUGGUCACGGAAUGGUUCGGAGGCUACAAAAAUCCAGAAUAUCGUAGACUGGCGAUGGGUCCAUUACUUGACGAUUUGCAGCGGAAGAUGCAACAAAAAGUCGAGCAGCAGGACCAGGAUCCAUUGAAACUACUCGUCUACUCCACCCAUGAUACAGCCGUGGCAGGUAUCACCAAUGCCUUUGAUGUAUUUGACCAUAGAUGGCCAGAUUUCACCGCUAGUGUAACAUUUGAGCUCUUCAAGCAAUCCCCGCAACUCGUCAAACAAGCGAAGCUCCUUGACUUCCUACCAUCCACACACAACGAGCCCCAAGCCCCGAGUCCUACACACUUCGUACGAAUGCGAUACCAGAACAAGAGCUUACCACUGCCAGCAUGUGCAAAACCGGGUGACCAUCUCCCAGGCCAUCCUGAGUUUUGCACGCUUCAAGCCUUUCAAAGACACAUCAAGGAACUCACACCGGAAGAUUGGGACACGGAAUGCAUUCCACCACCUCCAGUUACGCCACUUUGA